AUGGUGCACCUGGAUUUAGACAAUUGUCAGAGGUGCAUAACUCUGCCUCCACUUGGGCAAUUUCCAUCUCUCAAAGACUUGUGUAUCAGAAGCUUGUAUGCUGUCAAGAGUCUCGGCCUCGAGUUUUUCAGGGAUGCUGUCUCAGAACCUUUUCCAGCACUUGAGACUCUAGAAUUUGAAGAUUUGCGAGAGUGGAAGGAUUGGAAGUUUCCUUUGGAUGUUGCUAAUGCAAUCUUUCAUCGCCUAUGCAAGCUUACUAUAACAUCCUGCCCCAAGUUAGCUGGAAAAUUACCUAGCCACCUACCAUCUUUAGAAAAACUGGUACUUUAUCGCUGUCAACAGUUAGUAGUAUUAAUACCUAGCCUGCCAAUGCUUAAUGGUUUAAUGAUCUGUGGCUACAAAGAAUUGGUGCAAACCAGUACAAUUGGCUUCAGCAAACUAGACCGGAUGGAACUUUCAAACAUUUCUAAGUUGACAUGUCUAACGGAGGGCUUCAUGCAAGGGUUGACAGAGGUAGUCUCCGGACUUUUGUUUCCUUUCCUGAAGAAGGUUUCCCUGUUUGCCAAACUGAGAUUGCUAUUCAUCAGCUGCUUUGAAAAACUUGAGGCUCUGCCCAACUGCUUCCACAAGCUUGCAUCUCUACGGCGCUUGUUUAUAGCUGGUUAUCCCAAUAUCAUAUCCUUCCCAGAAGAGGGUUUACCCCCUAAUCUCACAACACUUGAGCUCGGAGGUACAAAUAUAUGUAAGCCGAUAUUCAAAUGGGGAGUGCACAAGCUCUCUUCUCUAGAAGAACUCACUGUUUGUCGAUGUCAAGAUGUUGAGUCCUUUCCGCAGGAGGAGAUAGGAAUGAAGUUGUCUUCUUCUCUAACUCAACUUAUGAUUGAAAAUUUUCCAAACUUGAGAUACCUAUAUACAGGGGCUUCAGACACCUCAACUCUCUGGCCAGCUUGA